AUGAGUAGUGAAAAUAAUAGAUUAGAUACAUUGAAAAAGAAAAAUUAUAAAUUAGAUAAGAAAUCGAAUUUAACUGUUAGUGGAAUUGCAGAUACCAACAAUCAACUAUGGUUAAUUAAAUUACCUGAAGAUUUUGAUAUUAAUCAAUUGGAUGGUAAAUCAAUCGAUAUUAAAGGAAAUGAAUUUGAAUUGGUUGAUAACGACGAUUUGAAGUUGGGUGGAUCGAGCUAUAGAUUCAAACAGGGUGACGUCAAUGAAGUUUCAUCGUUGGUGAAUGUUUGGUGUUCCGACCAACAAGAUGGAACCAUGAAGUUGGGAAAACCAUUCACCAAGUUCAUCUCACUUGAGAAGACCAUAAAGCUGCCAACUACCAACGCCAAGAUACACUCUACCAAGAAGGCAGAACAACCCGACGGACUCAACGGUACAUUCUACCCACCUGGUUCAUCACAAUUUCUCAAAGAAUUAAAGAGUGAAAAAUCAAAAGAAGAAAAAGUAAACAAGAUUGUGGAGAAGGAAAAAGAGAAACAAAAGAAGAAACAGAUGGAGUUGGAAAAGGAGAGUGCAAAGUUGUCAAAGAAGAGUAAGAAACAGAGUCAUCAUUCAGCCGACGACGAGGACAACGGUACUAAAGACGACAGCAGUACCAGUGACGAUGAGAAGAGCACAACUGCUGCCAAUAAUAAGCAGACCGCCAAGAAGAAGAAGUCGAGUUCUUCAAAGUCAAAGAAACAAGAGAAGAGCGAUGACGACGAGGAAAUGGCAGAUGUAAAUGAUAAAAAGAAUAAGAAGAGUAGCAGCAACAAGAAGAAGAAGUCAUCAAAGAAAAGUGAUACCGAGGAUAGCGAAGAUGAAGAGCCAGAGACCGUUUCAAAAUCAAAGAAAUCAUCUAAAAAGAAGAGUACAGACGAUAGCAGUGAUCAUGAUGAUGAUGAUAAGAAGAAGAAAAAGAAAGAAAAGGAAAAAGAAAAAGAGAAAGAGAAAUCAGCAGAAAAGAAAGAAAAGAAAGAAAAGUCAAAGAAAUCUUCAUCUAAAGAGGAAUCUUCGUCAUCAAAGAAGAGAAAGGCCAACGAAUCUGAAAACAAUAGUGAAGAUGAUAAGAAAAAGAAAAAGAAACAAAAAUAA